AUGACGUUUUGUUACUGUGGGAAUAACCUAAGUUUAGCCAUUGCAAAUCUCACUCUACCUAAGUUUAAUCUUGCACAUAAGGGUGCUGCUCACCGUGUUGAGACAACAGAGACUUUUGGGGUACCUUGGAAGGGUGCUAGAUUGGUUGUCGCGAAUGGAAGUACCGCGGAAUUUAGAGUGGAGGCGGAUACAAAAUCUAGGUAUACGUAUUGGUAUUGGAUUUCAGAAAAGUUUCUCCGAUCAAAGAUAAAGCAACUGAGAUUAGCAGUUAACAUUAGUGUCAAUGAUCAAGGGUUGUCUGUGAAAGAUAAGUUGGAGCUUUCUAACGCUUACAUGCUUGCUAGUGACUGCAUUUGCACUGUCAUUGUUGCAUUAUUUGUUUUUGCUACAACUAUUUGCUUGUUAUAA